AUGGAAUCCGAUUCAGACUCCGACGGUUCUCAUAUCUCCGCCACUCCUCCCCGUGACCCUUUUCCUUCACCGCCGCCAAAGCAGGUUCCUCCAGUUUCCCGUAAAGCACCGUCUUCUUCUUCUUCUUCUCGCUCGAAGCCCAAAGCACAUACGCAUCCGCAGGCUCCUGAUCACUCGGAGGAAGCUCCAGUACCAUCUUCCUAUCCUCCUCCACCUUCUUUAUUCACCGAUCUCCCCUUCCGGAUCUGCGAACCCUCGAAUCGAUCCCAACCCGCUGGGUCUUCCUCUUCCGUUUCGUCCUUCUAUAGACUCCCGAGAGCGAAUACAUCGGAAUCGGAAUCCCAAUCGAGUAGCGUCAAUCAUGUCCUCCCAGAGCUCCCUCACGUGCCAGUCGUUAGAAGAAAGCCUCCUAACCUCAUCACGGAUUCUAUAACUUCUCAGCCGGUUAAAGCUCCGGUGGUGUUUCGUAGCGGCGGCGAGGGUAAUUUCGUGAAAUUGAACUUGAACGGCAAGAGAGGGAAGAAGUUUCCCAGCAAAUACAAAAGCGCAUCCAAAUCCAGAAGCAAAUUCGCAUACAGAGGGAAGAGAUACAAGAAGUCAGAAGCUAACGGCGAAGAAGAAGAAGGUGAAACUUGGUUGGAUGAAGAGUCUGAUUUGCAGAGAGAUAAUGGUUUUAUCAGCUCGGUAGAGGAAGCUGUUCUUGCAGUGAAGGCUGAGGCUUCUGAUGAGAAUCUGACGAAGCUGUUGAGUUUAGUGUAUGGUUAUGAGUCUUUUAGGGAUGGGCAGUUGCAGGCUAUCAAGAUGGUUCUUUCUGGGAGUUCAACCAUGCUUGUGUUGCCUACUGGUGCUGGCAAGUCUCUCUGCUACCAGAUUCCGGCUAUGAUUCUUCCUGGGAUCACGCUCGUUGUGAGCCCUUUGGUUUCGCUGAUGAUUGAUCAGUUGAAGCAUUUGCCUUCGGUUAUUAAGGGUGGUCUCUUAAGCAGUAGCCAGAGACCUGAGGAAGCAACAGAAACAUUGAGGAAACUCAAAGAAGGCAUAAUAAAGGUUCUCUUUGUGUCUCCCGAGAGGCUUCUGAACGUAGAGUUUUUGUCAAUGUUUCGCAUGUCUUUAUCUGUGUCGCUUGUCGUUGUGGAUGAGGCACACUGCGUAUCAGAAUGGUCUCAUAACUUCCGCCCUUCAUACAUGAGACUCAAGGCGUCAAUGCUGUAUUCUGCACUCACGGCAGAUUGCAUUCUUGCAAUGACUGCAACCGCCACUACUAUGACUCUUCAGGCUGUCAUGUCGGCACUAGAGAUACCGUCAACCAAUCUUAUUCAAAAGUCACAACUCAGAGAAAAUUUCGAGCUGUCUGUCUCAUUGAGCGGAGCUAACAGACUGAAAGAUCUAUUGAUUUUGAUGGAGUCUCAACCAUAUAAGAAGAUUCGGAGCAUUAUCGUGUACUGCAAAUUUCAGUAUGAGACUGACAUGAUAAGCAAGUAUUUACGUGAUAACAACAUCACUGCAAAGGGUUAUCAUAGUGGUCUUCCAGCGAAAGACCGUGUUCGCAUACAAGAGUCAUUUUGUUCCAAUAAGAUUAGAGUGGUUGUUGCAACUGUGGCAUUCGGCAUGGGACUUGACAAAGGAGAUGUUGGAGCUGUAAUCCAUUUCAGCGUGCCAGGCAGUUUGGAAGAAUACGUUCAGGAAAUUGGACGUGCUGGUCGUGACGGGCGGUUAUCUUAUUGUCAUCUCUUUUAUGAUGAGGACACAUAUCUAAAGCUUCGGAGUCUUUCACACAGUGAUGGUGUUGAUGAAUAUGCAGUUGGAAAAUUUCUCACCCAUGUGUUCUCAUCUGACACAAAGCAACAUGAGAAGAUAUGCUCCAUAGUCAUUGAAUCUGCCUCUCAUAAAUUUGACAUGAAGGAAGAGGUUAUGCAAACGAUUUUGACACAUUUAGAGUUGGGGGAAGUGCAAUACUUACGUAUGCUUCCACAGGUUAACGUAUGUUGCACGUUGAACUUCCACAAGUCUUCUCCAAAUAUUCUGGCUGCACGAAACAUCAUAGUUGCAGCAAUUCUGAAGAAGUCUCACGUGAAGCAAGGGUUAUAUGUCUUCGAUAUCCCAACAGUGGCCUCUAGCACAGGUGUUGCAGCAACAGAUGUCUUGGCUGAGAUUCAAACUCUGAAGAUGAAGGGGGAAGUAACAUACGAGACGAAGGACCCCGCCUUUUGUUACACAAUCUUAGAAUCUCCAAAGGAUACAUCUUCGUUGUCCAGCCAUCUUACCAAGUGGCUCGCAGAGGUUGAAUCUUGCAAAGUAAGGAAACUAGAUAUUAUGUCAAGUGCAGCCAUGGCUGCUAUAAAUGUCUCCAACACUUCAGAAACUAGUUCGGGUGCCAAGCAAACUCUGAGCCUGCAAAGCAGAAUCUUGGAUUACUUCAAUGGAGACGAAAACUGUGACGUUCCGAGCAAGACGACUCAAAAUUGUUCCUUUCUACGAGCAGACAUAAAGGUGUUCUUGCAGAGUAAUCGCCAGGCCAAGUUCACGCCAAGAGCCAUAGCGAGGAUAAUGCAUGGAGUUGGAAGUCCAGCUUUUCCUAAUUCAAUCUGGUCCAAGACACAUUUCUGGGGAAGGUAUAUGAGCGUAGACUUCCGAGCGAUAAUGGAAGCUGCACAAACAGAGCUAAUGAAUUUUGUUGAUAGAAAUGCGGCUUUAGCUUCAUAG